GAGCCUAGUCGGCCAUCGCCCUGUGCCUCGGCGUCACGUUGUAAUAAAAGAAAAAUCUUUCAGAAUCGAUAGCAGCACAGAUAACAUAUAUUAUUUUUCGAGUGAUACAUAAUUUAAAAGUAGUGUUGUUUUUUUAUGUGAAGUUUUCUUAUAUUUCUAACGUUAUAUUUGGCUACAAAACUAGUGUUACGUAUUAACAAGAAUAUUUGAUUAAAAGUAAAAUAAUUUACUUUUUGUUUUUUAGUAUUAUCGGUAUCCUACGCGGAUAUUUUGAUCGAUAGAUACUUAGAUGCAAAACGGGGCCACAAGUAAAUGAUUAGCUAGUGACGAACGGUAUAGUAGCGUUGGCACACUAAGCCGAUGGAGCGUGGCCGAAGAUAUUUCUAAUGUUCCAUCAGCUGUUAGCGGGCCGUGUAAGAUGAUUUCAUUGAGAUAGACAACAAAAAUGCACGUGAAUUUGCAUAGACGCGAGUCAUAUCGCGUUGACUGAAUCAGAGGGGGCACAGCGCAUGCGCGCCGCGGACGUCCCUAUUCACGAAAUACUUCUAACGAAAACACUAUUAUUAUUAACGAAAAACGAAACGCUAUAUUUUUUUGUGUGUAUUUAAAUUCAGUGAUGGUGUGAUGCGGUUGUGAUUGUUUUUUUUUUUUAAUUUAAGUAAACCAUGGAGCGAAGUAUUUUAGCCGAAAGUAGACAUUUAAGGUGGGCUUCAGAACUGCACUCAGAAUACCGCAGCACGUACAGAUGGCACGAAUUCAAAGAGCAGCAACAGGGCGUGGUGAAGCAGCCUGCCCCUACACCACCCUCAGCAUUACCCAUCGCAAGGGGUCCAAUAGAGCCAGCCAUACCUCGUCGUAAGAAGUAUCCGGGCGUGGCCUACAAGACAAAUGAACUCUUCGAUCCUGUGCCUGCUGACGGGAUCAGACCUCAAGGAUCAGCGGCAGAUCGCGCCAGGAGCGCGCAAAGGAAUGACGCUGAUCGCGCUGGACGCCGUAGCAAGUCUGAGGGGCCCCGACAACCAAGAUGGACUGAUACAGUCGAACCUAAGGCCACCACAGCUCUGGGUGAGGUUGUGGUCGCCAAGGAGCCUGAUAUGGUGAGCACCGAGUACAGGAACCAAUUCGCUUGGCCCAAAGACGAUACCACACCUAGGAAGAGCAUCUCCAUGGGGGCCCUAAAGAAGGCUGCGGCUGCUGAAGGUUCAGUUGAGGUUGAGCCUCUCAUGAACCACGUGGAUGGUGACCACGACGAGGGCCAUAAACGAUAUAUCGAAGACUAUUUGUGGAACGGCCAGAAACCAGGGGUCCAAAGAAAAUCGACGUUCCGUAACGCGCUAUCGGCCCUCAUAUCCAACGGGGAGGAUCGUUCCAAAGAUAAUAGGAAACGUUACAAAAGCGAGUACAAAAAGAAAUUUAGACCGUUCUCUCAAUACGUGUAUGAGGCGUCUAAAGGGAAAUUUACAAAAUGCAGGGGUAAAGGGAAGUCGAAUGAGGAGGCGAGCGAGAGGAUGCUGGGGGAGAAUCAGGGUUCUGGGGAGGGGGGUCAGGGUGGGGGUGUGGAGGACAGUGCCAGUACAUUGCGGGCGGCCGGCCUGCAACCCCUGGGGCUGGCGCAAGGCGACUCUUGGUACAGGGAGGUUCUGGACUUGCGCAAGCGUGCCGGCGAGUACAAGUACCGCGGCUGGGGCACGGAACUGGCGCCAGAACACCUCACUCAGCUUUACAAUAAGCAAAUCGAGCUGUGGUACCAAGUGUCCCGCAGAUCAUCGCUGUCGGCAUUAUCACUCGCUUCCACCAAUCACAAGGUGCUGCCUCGAGACGAAAAAGACGGCAAAGAGUCCAAGAACCAAUCCCCUAAGAAGUUUAGAUCGUUCCGGUCGGCGCCCCACCAGUCGAUCCACGCAAAACUUCAGGAAACGAAGGCCCUGGAGCGUUCCCCUCACAAGACCUCGCCCCAGAAGCAAAGGAAGAAGUUACAGGGACACAGUUUCGAUGAGGGUGCUGCUUUAGAUGGAGUAAAGACCGGUGAGAACUCGGCAUUCAAGUCCCCGCGACGCCGCCCCCGCUCCGCGGACCCCGCCCCCGCGCAUCUCAAGCAUGCGCCCAACGGACACGACGCGCGACCCAUCAAACCGAGCGGUUUGCCGUUGAAUAAGGGGAGUAGUGAUAGAGUUAGGUCGACGACAAGGGGUGGGCGUUCACCAUCAGCGCCUUCAGGAAAAAUUGGGGCUGAUGGGGCCGAGGCCAAGGCUAACGGUGACCUGAGCGCCUCCGACAGAGGCCGCCGCAGCCGGAGCGUCUCUAAAAUCGGCAUAAAAUUGGAUGACGAAAUACCAUCGCACCGCAGCGCUUCGGUCGCUAAAGACCACUUCUUCGACGAUUCGCCCGUGGUCAAGUCUCCACCUGAACCGACCCGGGUCAAAUCCCCGGAGCAGAUGAACAUGCGCUCCCCGGAUCCGGUCAACUGGACAGUGCCCCUGGACACCGGCAAAACGUUUACGGUGACGCAAAACGUUAAAAACGGUGAGCCGCGUAAAUUUAUCGGUAAUGUAGAUGAGAGCAUUAAGCGCCCUAGCUCUGAGUUUAAGAGUGGCUCCAUAGCCGAAGAGGGUGUCAUCGUGAAGCCGGCAGAAAUCGCUCCGAUCUAUCACCAGCAGAUGUCUCCGAUACGAUCGUUGAAGUUGAAAAGUGAGUCGCCGACUAGCCUUAGCAAACGCACCGAUAAGACCCCAACCACACCCGUCAGCCUCACUCCCAUUGACGAAACCAAGACCCUAGACAUGAACAAGGUCAACGGCUUCAAUGGGAUGACAAGCAACGAACUGACCCCCGAGACUCCAACGCAAGAGCCAAUUAAAGAGAAAGAAGUGAUUAAGAAACCUACUGAGGCAACUCAGGUAGCGCCGGGAGUGGUCGACACCACCGUUGUGAAUGAAACACCAACUGCAGGAGGAGGUCUUACUGCUGCAGAGGUGCUAGAGCGCGCUCGCACAAGGUUCGACAAAUUCUGGGGCAAAAAAGAGGAAGACAACGUUUAGUCAGGAUUAUAGAAUAACUUUCAACUGUAAAUGAAUAUGUUUUGGCUUUGGUGUUAUUAUUAUUACAAACUACAUUAUAAAACAUAAAAGUAUUUUACGAAUUUAGCAAAAGUUGUACGACAAUUCAUUCUGUAAUAAUACUGCAAAGGUAAAACAUAUGUAUUUACAGUUACAAAGUACAAGGAAAGUAGGAAAAUUUAAAUUGCAGUGUUUAUAACCUGAAACAUGAAAAGCUUCGCUUUUUAACGACUACCGUAUUUCUAUGUAUAUUUAUUUGUAAUUUAUUAUUGUGACGAUCACUGUCUAUAUGAUAGGAGUGUGGUGGCUUGUGAUAGUAGAAAGUCGAAAAUCAUAAUAUAGCCGUGUAGUUUGGUGUUGGUAUAUAUCUUAAUUUUAAAGUUGCCAACAAUAAUUAUUCCUAAACGAGAUUAAUUUAUUUUUGUCUUCAAUCGUUUAGUUUAUCGAAUCAGUUUGUAUACCUGUAGUCUGUGUUGCCACUCACCUUAAUUAACUUAAGCAGAAUGUUUACGUUUUUGUUAUGUUAACAAUAAGGUCAUUAUGUAAUGGUGUUAUGGAUUUAGCAUCCGAAAAUUAUAGUAACUUAAUUUACAUGUUAUAAUAUUAAUGUGUGGAUAUGAUUUUAAGCUUACGAAAUGUAGCCCCAAUUUCAUAGAUACUGCUAAGAUAUUUUUUUCAUUAUAGCAAAUGAUUCCAAACAAUUUACGUUGUAAGUCCAGCAACAGAUACUGUUCAUAAAACUAACAAACGUAAUCCGACUAAAAAUACCUUAUGUAAUUGUACUAAUGGCAAGCUGCAAAGUAUACAUAAAAUAAUGAAAAGCCGUCCAACGUAGAUUUUUACGACGGAGUUAUUUUUAAUUUAGCAAACACAUAUUUAAUAAUUAAACUUUGGCCAAUUCAAAAUUUAAAAAAAAUCGAACGCUGUUAACCAAUCACAUUGCGGCUGUUAAGCCUUCAAUAAAUGUCAUUUUUGGCGCCAAAGUAAAUCUGAAAACAGUGAUUCAUAGAUUGUUUAGUGUUAAAUUAAACAUGGAGUUAUCAUUCAAAUCAUGCCGUUUAUGUCUAUCCGAGACCGAAUUUAACGUUUCAUUAUACGGAAAUUACUGUCGCAGAACUAACAUGGUGGAAAAAAUUUUAGUUUGUUUGAAAAUAGUCAUCGAAGAAACAGAUUCGUUUAAUACGAUCUGUUACAAAUGCGCCGAAAAUGUUGAAAGAUACUACAAUUACAUUAUGUUCGUUAAAAAAUCGCAAACAAAGCUAGUACCAUCACAACAAGUCGACAAUCCUUCGAUAAAACGCCAUCACAUAACCUCUUACGUUCGUGAACAAGUCAUAGAUGCUGAUUAUACUUUUUCAUUCCUUGAAACGAACAACGAAGAAAAAAAAUACAAAAACAACGCUUCUAGUCCGUUUUUCUCUUAUUUUUCGCCGCCAAAUACUGUGAAAAGAGCCAAUGAGCACGUCUGGAAGCAGCCUCAAAUAAAAGAAGACAGUGACGAAAUACGCAUCCGGAGGCAACGUAAGCCAGAUAAAGUUCGACAUCAUUCUAGUGAUCUAUUCGAAUCGCAAUCACAAGACAAUGAAGAGGAUCCUAGAACAUUCGAUUGGAAGCUAACUCCGGACGAUAACUUAAUAAAACGAAUCAGAGAAAAAUGCUUCAAACGAUCUGACUUUUAAUAAAAUAAAUUGUUGUUUUCGUUUCCAUUAAACUUUGAUUCGUUUACUUGUUCGUUUUACGUAUUAUAUUUUUUGAAACGUUUAUUUUUGUUCUCUUGUAAACUAAAUUUUGAUUUUGUUCUUGUCUUGAUUGAAUUUAAACUUCAAUAUCAACCCGUGUACAUAUUAAUAUAUACUUACACGUUACACAGGAGAUACACUCGAUGUCUUGUACAGAGUUUUGAACAAUAUAUAUUGUGAUAGAAGCUGUUUUUUCAAUUCGGAAAUGACAAGAUUUGACUGUAUAAUUAAUUUGUUAUGGAUUCUUUAAGGUUAGCUUGUGAUUUUUUUCGCCACUUAACCCAAUUUUGAGUACUAGUAAUCGAAUUACAAAACGACUAUUGUUGAAGAUCGGUCCAGAUAGCGUGUCUAUCUACUUCCUAGUUCAAUAAUUAAGUCGACCUUGAAGACACCUUGAUAUUUAGACAUGUACAUUUAAAUAAAUUUGGAUAUUGUCAAGAUAUAAGUACUUAAUAUGAUUUUGGGAUUCUGUAGACAGGGUAAUUAGACGAAAACUCUUUGAAGUAGAAUAUGAUAUUCGAAAUAUGUUUUUUUUUCUUCGAUUUUUUUGUGUAAUAAAUGUUAGAAAGUAUUUCUCAAUUUCAAUAUUGUGUUUUUUUUUAAUUAAAUGUUCACCGUAAUGUUAUUCUGAUAAAAUUCAUUGGCUUAAACUCUUAAAAAAUUUAAUCGUAACAUAUUAAUGUGUCUGCAGUGGUUGAUACAUUGUCGAGAUUUGGAAAUAUAUCGAUCUAAACUAAAAUAAUUCAUUUUUUUUUUUUAAAACUCCAUAAAACUUUAGGACAAACUGUUCUCGUGUUAAUAAUUUUCAUGCAGUCAAAUGAUCCGUUAUGUAUUCCACCACUAGCUUCAACAUCUGCGUGUUGAGGUUGGUCACAUAGAAGCAGUUCCACCAAAUCAUAAUUAAAAUCUUUCAGUUCAAUAACAAUGAAAAGAGAAUUUUAGUUUAAUACUAGAGAGAGAACGCACUAUAUUUAAUGACGUCAUAUUACAAACACCCUAGAAAGUCUAUAGCAACUGGUUUUAAUUGUGAACGCGGGCGGUAAUACACCAGUAGUGGUAGUGGAUUCAUUCGCGAAGCAGUUGCUCUUGAGUUGUUAGGUCUCCUCUGGAGGCGCUCGGGCAGCUGUUAGCAAAUCCCACCCCUGAGUCUGAGUCUUUACUCGCCCACCUGUCCUGAUGAAACUGGAAAGGCCUCUGGGACACCAGUAAUCUUUCAUUAAUAAAAAAAAACACCGCGGGCUACUAACCUGUUUAUUUUUGAACAAACUUCAAAAUAGGGGGGAGGUUAACAAUUUGAAUUCAUUUUUUGCAUUUACUUUUGUGUGAAUGAACAGACUUUGGUAAUUCUUUUUUAUUUGAAAGCUCACUCAAAUCUUACUUUAAAUCUGACCGGUACUGUUUGAGUUAUCCUUUAAUAAUGCUUAUUCAAUUAACUUCGACUGCAUUGCUCAUUUUAUUAAGACGAAAUCAGUGGUAAAAUUUUGUAUUAUUUCAAUACCUACACGUAACGCACCCAGCCGAGUAUAUUUACAACGACAGACACAGUAAUAUGAUCAAAUCAUUUAAAUGUACCAUCAAGUUCCUCUUAUUAUUUUCUGCGCACAAAAACAAGCAGGCCCUGUCCACUGUGGCGUAGAGAAACGAUAGGUAACAAAAUGUAUCUAAAAUAAAUUUUUAGCUUUGCUACGGAUUUGUACUAGCGUUCUCCGUUUUCAGUUGUUAUCGAAAUGGACACUAAAUAAACAUUGGAAAAUA